AUGAUGGCAGAAAGAGCACUCUCACGGGAGGAGGUGUGGCUUCAAGACAGCGAAGCACGUCUCGAGUCAAUGGAGAUUCUGCUGAAAUCUGUUCGUCGAGAUAUUGAUGCCCUGAGUGAAAAACUUCCCUCCCCUCGUUCAGGCGCCCACCGGACCUACCGACAGGGGGAGUCUGUUGUGCACGAAUCAGGAAGCAGGGAUUAUGUACUGCGACUUGACAAAGGACCCAAGGGCUAUCAAAAUCUUGGCCUUGGAUCACACACCAUAAUGGAGCCAUUCGACGAUGAGGACGACAUCGAAAAGUCCGUGGAUGAAACACACCUUCAAAAGUCCUGGCGAUCUCCAGCCGAUUUUCGAUUGACAGACUCACCACCCGAUUCACCGAGAUUUGGUGAAAGCAGCAAAAUAAUCUCCCUCAAUGAUAUCAUCCUUGACAGUGAUGAAACCCUUCCAAGUUCUCAAGAAGUGGAACAGGGCAGAGUUAUUCCCCUCCUUGGCAGUCAGCAUUCAUUGCCUACGAUAGAAGAGAACUCACAGGAGGACAACACAGACACCUCCUCCAUAUCGACUGCGGAGGAUUUGAAAUCAGCUGACUACUCAGCACCAGCUGUCUGUGGAAUGGCUUCGUCUGACACCAUCAUCAGUCCCUUGCAUGGAUUGUCGAGGCAGGCAAAAUCAAAGUGCUCGCUUGACGAAAUUAUGAAUUCACCGCAAGAUCACAUUAGGACCGCCCAAUCGCUGCUGACUCGAUCACGUUCACAGAGUCCCUUCAUUCCUCCCAAUCCUGACUCCCUUCGAUAUUCGUGCACUUCUCUACGAAGUCGUGACAGUACAAUGAGUGAGACGGACUCCUUUGUCACUGUGAACAGUCAGUUUAUUCCCUCGGGCGAGGAGGCCUACGUCACCGCGUGCAGUGACACCGAGGGUUUGGCUGAUUCACCCGAUGAGGGGAGUAUCCCCAUCCGUCGAGAGAGGACACGAAAAAAGAUGUUGGUUUUACAACAAAAUCCCCUCUCCGAUUGUCAAAAUCAAUCUGACGAUGUUUUGGAAUUUACUCUUGUCGAGGCUACAGUUUGCAAAACACCAAUUCCCGAAAACGACGCCUCCUUUCCCAGGAAGAUGGGCAAUUUCGAUGCUCAGCAGGACGCGCCCGUAAAGCAACUGAAAAGUACAAAAUUUAUAUACAUCGUUGGCGCCUCCUUUCUGGUGCUGCAGAAACACAUCAGGCGGCGUGCCCUUCGUAAACAAAUGCCAGAUGAUCUUCCAAGUGAUGACGACGAGGGUGACACGUCCUCAUCUUCCACCUGUGAUGAAGGUGUCUACGACACGGUUGCGGCCAGGCUGGUGGAUGUCACCACAAAGUCCAACCAUGAAGUUUCACCAACUGCUAUUCGACCCGAUCGAUUCUCUUGUACUGAGGAGGUGAGCCACCUUUCCAACGGCAUCGACUCUCCUGAUGGUGACGAGGAUAUUGUAGUUCACUUUAAUGAUGAUGGAGGAGGAGAUGAGGCAAGGAGUGUGUAUGGUGAGUCCAGGCACAAAAUUCAACAUCCCAACAUUCCAGAGGUAAAAAUACCUCACCAAUGCAACGCCCUCCUCUCCAACGAGACCUUUGAAACAACCGUUCCCGAGGAAAGUAAGUAUCUACAUUCAAUGAAAAGCUCCUUCAACAAUUUAAACCUUUUUGUCGCAAUUUUUUCUUUCUACUUUCGUUAUUAA